UCAUCAUCACCAACAAACGCGUAUCGAGCAACUGCCCGUGUAAAGCAAUCUCCACAAUUCUCAAACACGUGUCGUCAGCCAUCGACACCUAGUAAUACGGUCCGAUUUAACUCAGUUGUUCCGACUCGAUGCUUGCGAGGAGCGCCGGCGUAGCUCCGACGCCCAACUAGUGGUGUUUUUCGAGAACAACAACAUCCCCACGCCAAGCCCCCGUCCUGCAGUCUCUCUUGUACCGCUAUGGCCGACUACAUGGUGGACCAGCAAGAGAUGGACAGUUACGCUAGUGCAGUGGUUGCGCCGCUGAACAUACACAAGACGUCGAACAGUGUAUACGGGCAUAGUCGCCGGUCAUCCUCGAGAGGAACACAUUCGCUGCGGUCGCAGUCACAGUCGCAAAUCUCCCCGCCAUUGACACCAAAAGUCUCGAGUGAGGGGAUCGCUCAGCAACUCUCCGAGCAGCCCGUCUUUCAUAAUUACGUACGCGCAUUCUACCACUACAGCCCUACCUCGAUAGUCUCCUCUUCAACCGACGAGUCCUCGAUCACAGUGGCAAUCAACCAAGGAGACGUCAUCCUUGUGCACUCAGUUCACCCAAAUGGAUGGGCAGACGGAACUUUGCUCGCUUCAGGGGCUCGUGGGUGGUUGCCCACAAACUAUUGCGAGCCUUACGACCAUCCGACCAUCCGUAAUCUCUUGAAUGCCUUGACACAUCUAUGGGAUCUUGUUCGUGACGGCGAGAAUGGCGAUCUCUUUGCCUUCACGAAGCAGGACUACGUCAGGGGCAUGAUUGCUGGCAUUCGGUUCUUUCUAGAAAGAACGGGAUGUUUAUCGAGAGAGUCUCAUCUCGUCGUGUCGCAUGUUGGCUUGAGGCGGAUGCGAAAAGGUCUCCUUGGUGAUCUCUCAACGCUUGUGAAAGCUGCCAAAAGUCUACAGGAAACGCUGCAGAUAGAUGACGCACCGAUUCCAGUUUAUGAGCACCUGGAUGAGUUAGUGCUCAAGUCGUUCAAGCUCGUAACUAGAGCAGUCCAUUUUCUCGAUAUUUGGGCAGCUGAUUCGGUGUUGCCAUCUUUUGAGCUAGACGAUGCCAUUGAUCAAAGACCUUUGACGCCACCACUUGAGCCUGCUAGUCCUGCAGUGCGACAACGAACAUCAAGUCGAAUGGACGGAUACGGCUCAUCGGCACAUGAGUUCCAGGCUCCUGUUACACAAGGACCCCUCUCUACGCACGAAGAUCUGGACACCGCUACGACUGAGCCACCACGUAAUUUCAGCCGACUCUCGUUCGCAUUUUCGCUUCCUUCCGAGAAAGAUUUCCUCCCAUCGCCCUUACAACCUUCACGGCCCCAGAGUGUAGCAAAACGAACCUCUCUCACUCAUCGACUGUCAUAUACCACAAAGUCGCAAGGAGCUCGAAAAGGAAAUCUAGCGUCCGAGCGGCUCGUUGCGUCUCAGGACGCAUUCGUGGGAUUCAUCGCCUCAUUCAUCGGAUUACACAUGCAGUCACGCUCUUCUGAAGAGCUCGCUCACAUCACACAACAAUCUGUCAUUGCCUGUCGUCAGCUUCUAACCGUUGUCGAGGAGGUGUGGGAGCGCGACUCACGAAGGUCCCAGCAGUUAGAAGAGACUAGGGAUACUAUGUACGCGCGACUGACUGAGCUCGUACAAGCAACAAAGAACAUGUUCAGUAGCUCUGACAUGGAAGAGGAAGGGGUGGCUAGGCCUGAUUCAAAAAGGCAACUUGUCGAUGCUGCCACUAGUUGUGUUAGGUCUGCAGGCGACUGCGUCGCCAAAGCUCGUCUUGUGGUUGAAAGGAUAGGCGAUUUUGAAUUCGAAAUGGCCGGUCUGGCAUUGUCAGACUUAACCUUCGAUCACGCUGGGCGAACUGACCAAGAGGAGGUUUACAGAUCUCAAUCACCCAUGUUGUCGGAGUCACCACUCGAAACCAACAAGCCACUACCCGCUCCCCCGUCCGAUGAGCGACAGAUGCUACCGCCAUUAGUCAUCUCUGAAUCCAAGCCUUUGCCCGAGGUCCCACAAUCCCUGCCUUCAAACACCAACAACAGAAUCAGUCUACAACCCACUCCAUGUGCUACAAUCGCUGAGAGUCCAACAACGAUGUCGUUCAACUCUUCGAGAUCGUCUCUCCCGACCCUUGCUCAGCAUCCUAUCCCUGAUGUGCUCCCGCCGACAGCAUCCGGGUCUCUUGAGAGCCCUUUGAAUGUAACUCAAAAGACAAUGUCCAAAUCUACCCGGAAUGACAGUGUCAAUGCUUCAACGAACGAUUCAUGCAGCACAUAUCCUCUUAGUGUGCCAUGUGAUAGUGGAAGUAUUGUAUCAUACACAUCCACCAGAGCUACUACUCCUGACCACUCCUUGUCAGAAAAGCAUAGCUCCCAGACUUUGGUGAGCAGUUUCGGCAGCUCCUCUGAGCUGCGAUCUUUGGCAAGCGAGGAUAUCGCUGCUGGCGAAGAGCACUUGCUGGAAACAACCUAUGUGCAUGAGCUCAUCUAUAACAAGGAAGGCCAGAUCUCUGGUGGCUCGCUCCCUGCUCUUGUAGAGCAGCUUACCACACACGAGUCUACACCCGAUGCUGUGUUCGUUACUACCUUCUAUCUUACCUUCCGCCUCUUCGCAACGCCAGUGGACCUGGCGCAAUGUCUGAUCGAUCGAUAUGACUAUAUUGGCGACAGCCAAUCAAUAGGAGUUCCCGUUCGUCUUCGAAUCUACAACGUUUUCAAAGGCUGGCUCGAAACUCACUGGUCUGGAGAAAGCGAUUCGGACGCACUCGGUGUUAUAUUUGCUUUCGCUACUGGAAAGCUACAAGCUUCCAUGCCUGUUGCUGGCAAACGUCUUGCGGAACUCACCUCAAAGGUUACCGAGGUUAGAGCAGGAGCUCUUGUACCCCGUCUAGUCUCCUCAAUUGGCAAGACGGGAGUGUCGAGCACCGUCUUCACAUCUGCUGACAGCAAUGUUCCGUCUCCGACAAUUAGCAGAAGCCAGCUCAAUGCCCUGCGGGCCAACAAAGAAGGUCGAGCUCAGUGUAGUAUCCUCGACUUCGAUCCACUCGAAUUGGCAAGACAAAUGACUAUCAUUGAGUCUAAGCUCUUCUGUUCUAUUCAACCUGAAGAGCUUCUGGCCUUGGAAUGGACUAAGAAAAGUGACUCGAAAGCUGUCAACGUCAAGGCGAUGAUCUCACUGUCAACUGACUUGGCGAACCUGGUCGCAGACACUAUACUCCAACUCGAGGACCCAAAGAAGCGGGCUGCCAUAAUCAAGCAAUGGAUCAAGGUUGCAGCCAAGUGCCUGGAGCUGAACAACUACGAUUCACUGAUGGCCAUCAUCUGCUCCCUAAAUUCAUCAAUGGUGAUGCGCUUGAAGAGGACCUGGGAACUUGUCUCUGGGAAGACCAAGGCUCGCCUUGAAGAGCUCAAAAAAAUCACCGAUGUUGGACGAAACUACGCCGUGCUGCGUCAGCGCUUGCAUAAUCAUGUCGCCCCGUGUAUCCCUUUUGUUGGGAUAUACUUGACCGAUCUUACCUUCAUUGACGCUGGGAACGGCACCACGCGUCAACUCCCUGGGGAGUCGGGUCGUGACAACCUCUCAGUCAUCAACUUCGACAAGCACAUGAAAACCGCCAAGAUUAUCGGUCAACUACAAUCGUUCCAAGUGCCUUAUCGCUUGGCUGUUAUUCCCGAUAUGCAAGACUGGAUGCAGGCGCAAAUCCAGCGGGUCGGCUUAAGUGACGGAGCCAAUGUUCAAAGCUACUACCGUCGUUCUCUGAUCCUCGAACCAAGAGAACUUCAACCAUCCAUUAGACAUUCACCGUCAGUGGACAACAGCGCUCAGGGCGUGUUUUUCACCGAGAGCCGCACCAACUCCAAGGAAAAUUUGUUCGAAUUCUUGAACUUCAAUUUCUCUACUACCAACCUGAAGGGUUCUUAGAUUCUUUUUACAUGCGUAAUGGUGCGCCUACGUCCUUCGGUCACGUCGGUCAGAUCGCGUCAGUAUCAACGGCAUAUGUCAUGACGGACAAGAUAUGUUAUCGAAUAACAGGAGGCGCCUAUCCAUCGCCAUACUUAAUGUUUGCGUUUUCCGUUCGCACACGGACACUUACGAUACCAAUGCUCAAUCUCUUUAUUUGCAUUUUUGCUUUAUACCACUUCUGCGAUUUUCUUUCAAAGGCCACUCAUCGAGCUAAGCACGGCGUUUAUCCACUUUUUCGGGCGUCCAUUUCUAGAAUGAGACCAGUUGGUCCAUGCAUCAAGGAGUACCAAAAUUAGAGACAUGGGAUGUAAUGGAGUGGCAAGCCAAAUGUGCCUUUACUGGCGCGGCGGCCACACGUAAAAGUAGGAGGGAGGAAGACAGGAGAAGCAUGAUUAUUACGUAGUAUCUUGUGCUGCAUCUGGCACGAGGUGUCGAUCUGUUGAUAGGU